CUCCCGCCCGGAGCGAGGACCCCGACGCGUUGUUUUGGAGGGUUUAACCCCGCGGGAAUCGGCGUCCCCCUCGCUCCCACCCGCGGGAUGCGCGGCCGGUGACGGUCCAAGUUAGCGCAGAGUCCCUCCGGUGUGAAGUGCAGAGAAAGCGCAGGAGUUUGCUGGAAGAUGGAGCCUGGUUUGAAGAUGAACGCAGGGGAUCCUCUGUGAGUGGCCAGUGCCAGCGUCUGUGAUGCAGUCUGGGCUUCAGUCACACACUCCACUGGAUAAAGGGUGCUAGCAGCAUGAUCUCGGAAAGGGACUCGGAGACCACCUUCGAGGAGGAUUCGCAGCCCAACGAUGAGGUGGUGCCGUACAGCGACGACGAAACGGAGGACGAGCUGGACGGUCGGCAGCCUGGGGCUGAACUGGGACCCAACCCAGGCAGCAGGGACCCCGAGGAGAGCAGAGAGCCUGGCAAGAAAGACUGCAACUGGCAAGUUAAAGCAAACGACCAGCGUUUCUAUGACCAGCCGGGCUUCAAGAGAACAAUCUUCCUGUGCUUCAAGAAAAGCAAAUAUGCGGGAAAUGCAAUUAAGACAUACAAGUACAACCCCAUCACUUUUCUACCUCUGAAUCUGUUUGAACAGUUCAAGAGAGCAGCCAACUUCUAUUUCCUGGUUCUUCUCAUUUUGCAGGCGAUUCCUGAAAUCAGUACCCUGUCAUGGUACACAACUCUGGUGCCCUUGCUGCUGGUGCUGGGAAUAACUGCAGUCAAAGACCUGGUGGAUGACAUUGCUCGUCACAGGAUGGACAACGAGGUCAAUAACAGGACAUGUGACGUCAUCAAGGAUGGAAGGUUCAAAGCCACUAAAUGGAAAGAUAUUAAAGUUGGUGAUGUUGUUCGUCUGAAGAAAAAUACUUUUGUUCCUGCUGAUAUUUUGCUGCUGUCCAGCUCAGAACCAAACAGUUUGUGCUAUGUGGAGACAGCUGAACUGGAUGGUGAGACUAACUUAAAAUUCAAAAUGGCCCUAGAGGUGACACACAGACACCUUCAGGAAGAAAGUGCCCUGGCAGACUUUGAUGGCCUGGUUGAAUGUGAAGAACCCAAUAACCGGCUGGAUAAGUUUACAGGAAUGUUAUCCUGGAGAGACUCACUUUAUCCCCUGGAUGCAGAUAAGAUUUUGUUGCGUGGCUGUAAGAUCAGGAACACAGACUUCUGCCAUGGAAUGGUCAUAUUUGCAGGUGCUGACACAAAAAUAAUGAGAAAUAGUGGAAGGACAAGAUUUAAAAGGACAAAAAUUGACUCCCUUAUGAACUACAUGGUUUAUACUAUCAUCGUGGUCCUCAUCCUGCUGUCGGCGGGGCUGGCCAUCGGCCACACCUACUGGGAGCAGCAGAUUGGCAACUCCUCCUGGUACCUGUACGACGCCCAGGACUCCAGCCCUGCCUACCGGGGCUUCCUCACCUUCUGGGGCUACAUCAUUGUCCUCAACACCAUGGUGCCCAUCUCCCUCUACGUGAGUGUGGAAGUGAUUCGCUUCGGCCAGAGCUAUUUCAUCAACUGGGACCUGCAGAUGUACUACCCCGAGAAGGACACGGCUGCCAAGGCCAGGACCACCACGCUCAACGAGCAGCUGGGCCAAAUCCAGUACAUCUUCUCUGACAAGACUGGAACCCUCACACAGAACAUCAUGACCUUUAAAAAGUGCUGCAUAAACGGGCAAAGAUAUGGGGACUGCCGGGAUGCAGCAGGGCAGCUCCAGAGCCACGCAGAGCAAGUUGAUUUCAGCUGGAAUGCGUACGCAGAUGGGAAGUUCUUAUUCUACGAUCACUAUCUGAUAGAGCAAAUAAAGGCUGGAAAGGAGCCAGAAAUCCAGAAGUUCUUUUUUCUGCUUGCUAUUUGUCACACAGUCAUGGCUGACACUUCUGAUGGCCAGCUCCACUACCAGGCGGCGUCCCCGGACGAGGGGGCCCUGGUGACGGCCGCGCGCAACUUCGGCUACGUGUUCCUGUCCCGGACGCAGAACACCAUCACCAUCAGCGAGAUGGGCGUCCAGAGGACCUACGAUGUCCUGGCCAUCCUGGAUUUCAACAGCGACAGGAAGAGGAUGUCUGUCAUUGUGAGAGAGUCCGGUGGCCAUAUCAGGCUGUAUUGCAAAGGGGCUGAUACGGUGAUUUACGAGCGGCUGCACCCCAGCAACGUCAAGAGAGAAGCCACAGAAGAGGCCCUUGAUGUCUUUGCAAAUGAAACUCUCAGGACACUCUGCCUGUGCUAUAGAGACAUAAGCCAGGAUGAAUUUGAAGUGUGGAAUAAAAAGUUUCUGGAGGCCAGUUUAGCUACAAGUCACCGGGAUGAAGCUCUGGACAAAGUGUAUGAGGAAAUAGAAAAAAACUUGAUUCUGCUUGGUGCAACAGCUAUUGAAGACAAACUACAGGAUGGAGUUCCAGAAACUAUCUCCAGACUCUCCAAAGCAGACAUUAAAAUCUGGGUGCUUACUGGUGACAAAAAAGAAACUGCUGAAAAUAUUGGAUUUUCUUGUGAACUCCUAACAGAGGACACAGCCAUCUGCUAUGGAGAAGAUACCAGUGCUCUCCUUCAAACGAGGCUGGAAAACCAGAGGAACAGGGCUGGCUCCAGUCCACAUUCCUCUCUGAGAAUGAACGAGCCAUUCUUCCAGGGCAGCAAAGACCGGGCUCUGAUCAUCACGGGCUCCUGGCUGAACGAAAUCCUGCUGGAGAAGAAAAAGAAGAAAAAGAAACUUAAACUGAAAUUCCCCAGAACAGCAGAAGAGAAGAAGAAACAAAGUGAGAAAAGGAGAAGGGCAGAGGCCUACAAGGAGCAGCAGCAGAAGAACUUUGUUGAUCUGGCCUGCGAGUGCAGGGCUGUGAUCUGCUGCCGUGUGACACCCAAGCAGAAGGCCAUGGUGGUGGAGCUGGUGAAGAAGUACAAGAAGGCCAUCACCCUGGCCAUCGGGGACGGGGCCAAUGAUGUGAACAUGAUCAAAACUGCCCACAUUGGAGUCGGGAUCAGUGGCCAGGAGGGCAUGCAGGCUGUCAUGUCGAGUGACUACUCCUUCGGGCAGUUCCGCUACCUCCAGCGGCUGCUGCUGGUCCACGGGCGCUGGUCCUACAUCAGGAUGUGCAAGUUCCUGAGAUACUUCUUCUACAAAAACUUCGCUUUCACGCUGGUCCACAUCUGGUACUCGUUCUUCAAUGGCUUCUCUGCCCAGACAGCCUACGAGGACUGGUUCAUCACAGUGUACAACGUGCUGUACUCCAGCCUCCCGGUCCUGCUCGUCGGCUUGUUCGACCAGGAUGUGAGCGACAAACUGAGCCUUCGUUUCCCCAGACUUUAUGUUUUGGGUCAGAGAGAUUUACUUUUCAACUACAAGAAGUUCUUUCUAAGUUUGCUCCAUGGAGCUGUAACUUCACUGAUCAUCUUCUUCAUCCCAUACGGAGCCUACCUUGUAUCUAUGGGACAAGAUGGAGAAGGCCCUGCAGAUUAUCAGUCCUUUGCUGUCACAGCAGCAUCCUCUUUGAUAUUUGUGGUCAAUUUUCAGAUUGGCCUGGAUACAUCUUACUGGACUUUUGUUAAUGCUUUUUCAGUAUUUGGGAGUAUUGCACUUUACUUUGGGCUCACAUUUGACUUUCACAGUGCUGGAAUCCAUGUUCUCUUCCCUUCUGUCUUUCAGUUCACAGGAGCUGCUCCGAAUGCUCUGCGGCAGCCAUACCUUUGGCUUACCAUGAUUUUAACCAUUGCCAUUUGCUUACUGCCUGUAGUGGCACAGCGCUUUCUGUCCAUGACAAUCUGGCCUUCAGAGAGCGAUAAA